GCCGGGACCCUGUUGGGGGCGGACCCCGAGAAAAGGCCGGGACCCUGGGGAGGGGGGUUGGACCCCGGGAAAAGGCCGCACCGGCGGCAGAGGAGGGGAGCCCCGGGGCAGCAGGGCCGGGAUGCACGGAGCCCGGAGGGGACGUGGGAGACCACGACCGGGGACGACGCGCGGAAGCCGAGCAGGAAGCGGACAGACGAGUUUUCCAGCGUGGGCUCUCCCCGCUCCCGCCCCGGGAGGAGGGAACCGGACUAUGAGGCUCGCAGCCCAUCCAGCCCCGUGUUCGGCGGAGGGGCCCCGGGGAGACGGCCCCUCUCCUGGUCCUGAGGGGCCGGCCGGCAGAGACCCCCGUCUCAGAGCCCCCGCGCUUCUCCUCUCCAGCGGCCACAGGGAAGGGCCUUCUGAAAUCGAGCCACACGGCUCUGCGCUUCAGGGGCCGGGCCUGGGCGGCCCACGGUGGACAGGCCCUGGGGUCACCACAGGGAGCGGGGACGCGGCACCGGAGGCGGCUCGGGAAGCUCCGUGCUGGGUCGCUGGCCGCCGUGUCCCCGCCGGACUCAGAGCCCGAGGACUCAAUCCCGGGACCUGCGCUCGGCCAGCGCGCCGGGAGGACCCCGGUGUCAAGAAAAGGCGGAGCCCCCCCACCAGCUGAUAACAGAUGGUACAGAAAAAUAGCCAUCCCACUUAUGAAUAUAGAUGAGACUGAGAGGAUCAGCAUAAACACUGGAAAAGAAGAAUGAAAAACUAGUAAAAACCACUGGUGUGAAUAAAAUAAUCUGGUGAAUAGGCAGGAAGAGAGAAUAUGGAAUAAUCCAUCAUUUUUUUUCUAUUCCACUAAUGAGCUUCUAGAAAUGGGGAAUCUAUUGCAUUCCCUACAGUGAUGGGAAACAAAACAAAAACUUUAAGUACACAAAGAAAGGCACACGACCUAUAUGAAGAAAGCUGGAAACUCCUACAGAGCCAUAUAAAGCAUGAUCUGAACAAAAGAAAUGAGGACCAGGGAGAGCCCCAGGUCUUUUCAAUGGCCAAAAUAAUCUUAAAACUUGUAUGUAAGAAUCAGCUCACUCGCUCAGUCGUGUCCGACUCUUUGCAACCUCAUGGACUGCAGC